CUUGGUGAUAUAAAGAUCUCACCAUUCUGUGACUCUAGGUCAAAAGUCGCUGCAUUUAACGGUUGAGGCAGGGUUACAGAGAAGGCGAAGUGAGGCAAGGAUUCAGUCAGUGGCAGCUGGGCUGACGGGCCCACGAUGCAGCCCCUAUAUGGCAGCACAUCGUGUACAGUCGUACGGACUGUGACACAUACAUAUAGGCCGAUGAGGAAUUCCUACAGCCUCUUGAGGCGAGUUCAUGAAGGCAGCCAUCUGAUAAGGCGGCAUGCCUCAUCACAGGGCCCGAAUCGCAGCAGAAAACCCGUCACAAAGCCGCUCCCUUACCAGCCUACACAACCAAAGGCGGCAGAUACCCAGCAGAAGCAGUACAGGCGAAAUGAGAAAGCGCCUCUCUCGGACCUCAUGCGCGAGCGCUGGUUCGCCAUGCUCGGCUUUGGCACCGCGCUGGCAUGUCUGGGCUACUUCACGACGAGUCUGACGAUGUACUGGCGGACGGAGCCCGCGCCGUGCUAUCCCCUGGGCUGCGAGCCCACUGUGCCCACGGGCCGGCCGUCUAUCCAGUCGCCGUACGAAUUCGACAUGCACCUCGACAAGUCGGAGUGGCGGUACGGCAUCACGCGGCUGCGGCGCGAGCUCGGGGCCUCGGUGCGCGGCCACGUCCUCGAAGUCGCGAUAGGGACGGGGCGGAACUUCGAGUUCUACGGCUGGGACGCGGUGACUGCGUCCCUACUUAGUCCUGAGGAGCAGCGCAAGAAGACGAAGAAGCAAGGGAAAUCUUCUUCCGACGAUGACGCCGUUCUUAGUUUCACGGGCGUGGACAUCUCUCCUGGUAUGCUCGACAUUGCGCUGCUGCGCGUGCGCCAGGUCGUCCCGCAUAUGAGCAGCGAGAUCCCCAAGAAGCCGUCCUUCGCCAUGUUGGCCUCCAAGUAUAGCGACGACAAGGACGGGAAAUCCCACGGCCACGUCGUUUCCUUGCUAUCGGAUCGGAUCAGACUUCUUCAAUCCGACGUAUCAUCAGGUCUGCCCUCACCACCCGCGCCCCCAUCCCCCUCCAACUCAGCCCCAUCUACGUCCUCACUGCCCCAGAAAUACGACACAAUCAUCCAGACCUUCGGCCUCUGCAGCGUGCAGGACCCCGUAUCCCUCCUCUCGACCAUGGCGGCCUCGCUCCAGCCCGACACAGGCCGCAUCCUGCUCCUCGAGCACGGGCGGAGCAUAUGGUCCUUCGUGAACGGCCUUCUCGACCGCGGCGCGCGCCAGCACCACGAGCGCUUCGGGUGCUGGUGGAACCGGGACAUCGAGGUCAUCGUGACCGAGGCCUCGCGUCGGAUCCCGGGUCUCGAGAUCGUGCGCCUCGAACGCCCCGGCUGGACCACGGCCGGCACACACGUCGUCGUCGAGUUACGCGUCACGAAACAACAACAAGGAGAAAUAGAUGCGGGGAAGAAGGAGAAAGCAACUGGCUGGUUCCCGUCUGUCCUAUCGACCAAGCAGGCCACGGAUGAAUCCAAGAAGAGCAAUUGAUCGAUUGAUUGAUUGAUUGAUUGAUUGAUUAAAUGAAAAUCUCCCUACAUGCUCGCUUACUCAUCAUCAAUAGGUCGGUCUAAUUGGAUUGAAGUUACCUCUAGGGUAAAAUAAACACUUGUGUAUAUAUCACAUCCAUUGUACUUCUAACUCAUAGCUGGUUGUCACAUAUCAUGAGCAUUGCUUACUACCACCUGGAUGCUACGUCUCACUAAUAACUGACUGUACUACGCUUAUCAACGAAUUUAACAAG